GAUCAUCGCCAUACAGCGGCUGAAGGUCAUGCGAACUGACGCGCUGCAAAAUCUGCCUUUCCACGUGAUCAGCUGGGCGUCUAUACCCGCGGCCGUCUUUGCCUCCUCCUCACCGUCAGGCCUGAAGGUCCGACUGUAGCUGCAGGACAGCCCGAGCCUCCGGGUGGGCCCCGCGGCCCUCUAUGGCGCUGCUCCACGCGCUGGUCUGCGGCUUGCUGACUGCUUGGCUCUACUGCUCCGGCCUCGGGCUGCCAGUGGCGCCGGCAGACCGCAAGAAUCCUCCGCUGGCGGUAGGACAGUUUUGGCAUGUGACUGACUUACACUUAGACCCUACUUACCACAUCACAGAUGACCACACAAAAGUGUGCGCUUCAUCUAAAGGUGCAAAUGCCUCCAACCCUGGCCCUUUUGGAGAUGUUCUGUGUGAUUCUCCAUAUCAACUUAUUUUGUCAGCAUUUGAUUUUAUUAAAACCUCUGGACAAGAAGCAUCUUUCAUGAUAUGGACAGGGGAUAGCCCACCUCACGUGCCUGUACCUGAACUCUCAACAGACAUUGUUAUAAAUGUGAUCACUAACAUGACAACCACCAUCCAGAGUCUCUUUCCAAAUCUCCAGGUUUUCCCUGCACUGGGUAAUCAUGACUAUUGGCCACAGGAUCAACUGCCUGUAGUCACCAGUAAAGUGUACAAUGCAGUGGCAAACCUCUGGAAACCAUGGCUGGAUGAAGAAGCUAUUAGUACUUUAAGGAGAGGUGGUUUUUAUUCACAGAAAGUUACAACUAAUCCAAACCUUAGGAUCAUCAGUCUAAACACAAACUUGUACUACGGCCCCAAUAUCAAGACCCUGAACAAGACUGACCCAGCCAACCAAUUUGAAUGGCUAGAAAGCAUACUGAACAGCUCUCAGCAGAAUAAGGAGAAGGUGUACAUCAUAGCACAUGUUCCCGUGGGGUAUCUGCCGUAUUCAAAGAGCAUCACAGCAAUGAGAGAAUACUAUAAUGAGAAAUUGAUAGAUAUUUUUCGAAAAUACAGUGAUGUCAUUACAGGGCAAUUUUAUGGACACACUCACAGAGACAGCAUUAUGGUUCUUUCAGAUAAAAAAGGAAGUCCAGUAAAUUCUUUGUUUGUGGCUCCUGCUGUUACACCAGUGAAGAGUGUUUUAGAAAAACAGACCAACAAUCCUGGUAUCAGACUAUUUCAGUAUGAUCCUCGUGACUAUAAAUUAUUGGAUAUGUUGCAGUAUUACUUGAACCUGACAGAGGCAAAUCUAAAGGGAGAGUCCAUCUGGAAGCUGGAGUAUAUCCUGACCCAGACCUAUGACAUUGAAGAUUUGCAGCCGGAAAGUUUAUACGGAUUAGCUAAACAAUUUGCAAUCCUAGACAGUAAGCAGUUUAUAAAAUACUACAAUUACUUCUUUGUGAGUUAUGACAGCAGUGUAAUAUGUGAUAAGACGUGUAAGGCCUUUCAGAUUUGUGCAAUUAUGAAUCUUGAUAAUAUUUCCUAUGUAGAUUGCCUCAAACAAUUUUUUAUAAAGCACAAUUACUAGUAUUUUAUAGUUUUUGUUAAUAGAAAAUGUAACACUGCUCUGAUUCUGAGAUCAAUUUGUGGAAAUUUUACAUAAAUCUUUGUUAAUUUCUGAGUGGACAAGUAGACUUCCUCUCUUUGCUUUCUUUUUUUUUUUUUUAAUGCUCAAAUGUGAUAUCUUUAUCAUUCUGAAUUUUAUUAUAUGUUUAAACUGCUCAUUAAUAGAAUGAAGGAUGUAAAUUGGAUAUAAAUAUUCAGUUUGUAUAAUUAUAUCUAAUUUGUACCCUUGUUAAAAUUGUCAUUUAUACAAUAAAGCAAAUGAUUUAUCUUUAAA